GGAACAGUAACUUCAACAAAAAAAUGGAGGGAAAUGCUGCUAGAGCGGCCGGUAGCUUCGGAGCACCGGCGAAUAGACUUUUUGCACGCCCGGCUCUCCAAAUAAACCAAACGCAAGGUAGCCGAGGACCGGCACCACCACCGCCAACUCAACAGAGGACGAAAAGCUGCCAGAUAAAAGAACAGGAGGAAGAAAAUAAGCAAAGGCGACUGGAGUUGAAGCGGCAACGGGCGGAGCGGAAGGCGCUCGCCGAAAAGCAGGCUGGGGAACUACAGGAGCGGGCGAAUCGAAAGGCGCAGUACCAAGCGACCUUCGAGAAGCACGUCCGGCUGGCGCAUCGAGAACACGAACGGGCGGCCGCGCAUCAACAUGAUUACGAAGGCAGUGAUCAUUGCGAGGAUGUGGAUUCAAGUCCGAAUACAACGUACAGUCCUG